UUACGCAACACAGUUUAAACUAGAUAGGAAAGCCACAGAGUUGUAGCUUUAAGAAAGUUCUAAGAUGAAGAUUUUUACAGAGUUUAAUCGAACAGCAUUAGUUUAAUAAUUUAAUAAUCGUUAAUAAAAUUCCCAAAAUAUCUGAAAGGUUUGGUAUACAAGACAAUGGAGUCUCCACCAACCAGAGAUCAAGAUUUUCAGUGCAGUAAUGGCAGCUUCAGCCGGGACGCCGACUCCCCGCUGCCCCCCGUUUCCGAGCGGCUGGCUCACCUCCGCCCCUCACGGGAGCUGCUGGAGUUCUACCGGCAGAAGGUGGCGCAGUUCGAUAGCGAGCAUGAGGACCUGCUGCAGAUGCUGGAGAAGCACAGGUCCACAACAGAGGACCAGCACAAGCUGCAGUGGGAGGUGAGGCAGCGGGAGAGCGAGAUCGCCGAGCUGCAGAAGGCCCUGAGCGAUAUGCAGCUCUGCCUGUUCCAGGAGAGGGAGCAGGCGCUCAGGCUCCACUCUGAGAACGACCGGCUGAAAAUCAGGGAGCUGGAAGACCGGAAGAAGAUCCAGCACCUUCUGGCGCUGGUGGGUCCAGAUGUAGGAGAGAUCACAUAUUUUCACCAGGAGCCUCCACACAGAGUUAUCAUCCCUCAAAAGAAUAUUCAGCCCAGGAUUCCGGAUCGACGGAGACCAGAAAAAACAGAAUCGCGGCGGAAGGUGUCCAGAUGUGUGACGGGCACAGACAUUGGGGUUAACUGUGAGCAGUACAAGAAGGACAACCAGACUUUGCUGCUGCAGGUGGAGGCGUUGCAGGCCCAGAUGGAAGAGCAGACACGCCUUGCCAAGGAACAGGUGGAAACAUUGCAGGAGGACCGACGGAUCCAUAUGGAGGAGUCCCAAGUGCAGCAACAGAGGGAUCAAGACCGAAUCGCAGCGCUCACUGAAAAGCUGCAGCGCACCCAGAGCCUUCUGUACGAGAGCACCAGGGACUUCCUGCAGCUCAAGUUUGAGACCCGUUCACGCGAGAAGGGCUGGAUGACAGAGAAGGACCGGCUUCUGCGGCAGCUAGACUCCUUCCAGGAGAAGCUAAGGGAGCACCGCGGCAGCCAGACCCUGGGCUACAGCGCCCCCGUCCUCUCCACACCAACUCCUGAACUGCAGUCACAUCAGACGCAGAAGGAGGAAAUUAGGGCACUCCAGGAGGAACUGAAGCAGACACAUCGGUUGGCUACCAUGUACAGGGAGCAGUGCGUGGGCCUGGAGGCGGAGCUGGCACAAAUUCGGGAGGAGGGCGACGUUGGCAGGGAAAUCUUUAAGGAACGCUCUGACAAGAUGGCCAAGCGGCUGCAGAUGAUGACGCAGCGUUACGAGGCUCUGGAGAAGCGGAGGGCCAUGGAGGUAGAAGGCUUCAGGACAGACAUCAAGCAGUUGCGGCAGAAGCUGAAGGACGUGGAGAAGCAGCUCUUCAGGGUGAUGUUGAACGUGGGCCCAAACCAGGACUUGGCCAUCCUACAUGAGGUGCGACAGACCAAUGAGCGCACCAAGAAGGUCCAGGGCGAGCUGAGGACCCUCAAAGCCAAGAUCUACGGCUUGGAGAACGAGCUGAGAUACUGCUGAGAUGUGCCACCACAACGCCGCUCGCCCGCUGUCUUUUAUAAAGCACAGUUUGUCACUUUGGAUUAACACAUUAGGUUUGAAAAGAUACAGGUACAAUUUUAUACCUUGCUGAAUGUUUUAUGAUAUUUUGGAAACUGCUCUGAAUUCUUAUUAUGUAAGAUAUGACUUGAUUUUUUUGUAAGUUGAAUUUCAAUAGAAUUUUUCAACUUUGUUUUUAUAUUAAAGCUAUAAAUUGUUGUA